CCGCGGCGUUGACUAGCCCUUUCUCUGUGGUGUUGUUGAAGGUGUUUUGCAAAGUGCGGCGUCAUUGCGUGGACCGUUGUCGAAUUAAGGACUACGAGGGUGCUCUACUCGUCCCGCAGACAUCGGAAAUCGCGGUAGUUUGAGUCAUGGAGUCGACGUCGCCGGAGCCGGAGUCAGAGUCAAGGCCUACUAGGCGCCGAGCGAGGAGGCUGACCGAGGAGCAGUUACAAGCGAUGCUGAACAGCGAUACAGACUGUUCAGACAACGACCCGGAUUUUUACGAGGAGACGAGCCCCAAACGCCGCCGUUCGGUACAACACCCACAGACACCCCAAGACUCGUCGCAUUCCUCUGAAGACGUCGACGAUCCUGACGAUCCUGAGGAGUCUCCGCCGCGGAAGAAGGCGGUCAAAGCUAAAGGGGAUCCAGUCAAGAAGAAGAAGGGUGAAGGGACCAAGGUCGGCACCAAGCGUUCUUCAUCGUGGGCGCCAGUGCACGACGUGCCUCCGCCAAUAGAAAAUCCUCACCUGUACUCAUCAUGGACAAACGAUUCUAAAAUUGUGGAGCCCGCCAAAAAGAGCGACGACAAGACGUACUACUGCUGCGUCCGCGACUGCGAGUCCGGCGACACAUCCGACAAGGAGGGCCUCUGGCUGUUUGCCAUGCCGGAAAACGAGGAGCUCAUGUCGCUAUGGGACGAGCGGUUACCAAUAGACUACGAGCGCAACCGGCCACAGAGUCCACGCGUCUGCUUCCGCCACUUCGAGAAGGCCGACUUUGUGCGACGGCAGCAGCGGCUCCUUGGUCUCCGCGAGGACGCCAUCCCUUUGAAGGUGGAACCUGCCGAUGUCGAACCACGCAUCAAGCAGGAACCGUCCUAAAUACACUGCCUUCACAGGGAAAUUCUCUGAAAGGCAAAACAAAAAGAUGCCUCAUUGAGCAGCGAGAUAGUACGAAUAAUUUCAAUAUCUGUCUGGAAAAGUUGAGCAGGAACAUGAGGUCGUUUCGUCUGUGUGAAUGGCGAGUGUGCAUAAUGCACGUGUAUGAUGGAAUGGUCUCUGUUUAAAGGUUUCUUUGCGCUUGCCAUACAGUUUUGUUCUGUUAAAUGUGUGUGCGGGUUUAACAUCUUGCCUCUCUAUACAUUGCUUUCGGUCGUCUCCACAGCUCAAAACGCCAAAGAGUUUCCUUCCAGAAAGAAACUGCUGUGACCAUUCUUGGACUUCUUAGCUUUACAUUUAAUCAGUUAAAGCGGCAAGCUAGGUGAGUUGGUAAUUGAACACAAUUUGCUAAGUGGGCAGCAUUGCGUGGAUGGAUGUCAAGGAAGAACACAGCACUUGUGUCGUGUUUGUUUUUUCUCAUCCUCUGUCCGGGCUGCGCUGCCCUCUUAGCAAAUUAUGUGCAAUUGCUGGAGUAGGCUGCCAAAAGGCUGUGAUUCAGUCACAUGAGGGCACGGUAAAAAAGCAGCUGCACAGGCUCUUUCUCUCUCUCUCUCUCUUUUUAAGUUGUGAAAAAGUCACAUGGGUGGAUAAAAAGAUGACCAGAGGACAACUAAGGCUAACUGCACCACUGUUGAAAAUCAUUUUUAAACAUUUUUUUUUUUCUUUUACUAUCAGUUCUAGCCAAGUUAAUUAUCGCAAAACCCAUUGUCUGAACAUUGUUUUGUGGGUCCAUCAAGGCACUCUCUAGGUGCAGAUGAGGCUUGUUGUUAGACUGCUAAACAUCUCAAAAGCCUUGUCAUUUCAGGCUAGAGUUACUAGAGUCCUUUGGCAAGUUACGGAAAUAUGGUGCACAAAUACGGUAAGGCAGUACGGUAGCGCUUCUCCUUUUCCACUCGUGCUUAAGCCGCUCCCAGUGACAGUGCAUCCCCCGAACAACGGGUGCGUCGUUAACAAUGCGUAGGCCAAGGGGGCAACAGCGAGACGUGACUACCCCACAGUAAUUUUUGAAAAAGCUUUUGAGGUGUUGGGGUGCCUUCACCGGCAAAAGCACAGCAAGCGGGAAAGGAGGAGCGCUACCGUACUGCCUUACCAUAUUUGAGUACCGUAUUUUCGUAACUUGCUGAAAGACUCUGCUAACUGUGAUGCGGGCUUGCGCACAUUACCAUAUACUUGAAACUGUUGCUAGGUGGAUCUUGCGAAAUAUUGGCGCUUCUGUGUAUUGGCGAUUGCCUCGAGGAAUGCGCAAGGUUCUGUAGCCACUGCUGCUGUCAAUCUUUUAAGACUGACAGAAUGAAAGUUUUCAUUUAGGAGUUAUGCAUUCCUUGUGGACCUUCAUAUUGAAUUUCAGAAUGCAGGAUAUCCACUUAUUUGCGAAUGCAAACUUCACGCGACUAGUGCGCAGAUCAGUCCCUUCCACUGGUGCACAUUCCUAGUUUGUAAUCUCUUGUUGCGUCAUAUCUCGCACCUAGUUAUGCAUUUUGCGGAAUAUGCUAAGUUUUUUUUCAAAAGCCAUUUGUCAUACUUGAGGAAAGAAGGCUGCUUUCUAGCGCACCCUUCCUCCGAGGCUCGUAAACCCCAAGAUGACCUUUGCUGCGAGUACACGAGCCACGUACGUCUUGAAAAUCAUUGACUAAACAUUUUUUACAAGGUGUCAUUGUUGGCGUGGUUGCUUUCAAUAUGUUUUCCACACUGAACAUGAUCCAACUUCUGCUGUCAUCCACUGAAAUAAACUGCUAUGAAAUGAAUUGUCACGGUAUUAACAAUCUUUUCGUCGAGCAUUACAUGAUGUGGGAGAAAUCGCAGUAGUGUUUGAAUCGAGCGGAAAUGUCACAAGAGGCUUGCAAAUGAACCUUGGUAAGGUAAAUUGAAAACCUUGCAAAUUUUUGUAUUGUUUUCUUGGUGCAGUGCCUCUCUCUUUUUUCUGAGAAAGUUUUUGUGAGCAUUGUAGAAAAUGCUUGUGCUGUUCCAUAAUAAUGUGUUCAGAGGCAUACCAUUGUUUGCCGCUGUUUUUUUUUUCUUUUGCUUGUGCGUGCAUUGAAGCAUUUGUAGUUUCUGGAAAUCAUGACGUUGUAGCUCUUGUCUUUGGGAGAGCAACUGUUUGACUGCAAAUGGAUGUUUGUGUACAUUUUUUUUUUUUUUUCAUUGUAACAUGCUCUCUGUUUCUGUGAAUGAAAAAGCAAAAAUGAUCUGCACUGCACCGAAUCAGUGUGAAUCAUCACGACCACAGUCAUCAUAAUUUCAUAUAGGAAAUCAUGUGUAAGGCUUGUUUUGUGCAGCUGUCAAUGCAUGAAACGGGUGCUGAUUGCGCAAGUGCUGCAUUACAGCUUCAGUCAUGCCCCAUCACUUUGCAGAAGUGUGCUGGACAUUGCGGUAAAUCUUUUCAUAGUGCACAGGUUUAUGCGAGCUGGUAGAUUAUCGUUGCCCGAGUAUGUUUCUGCAUGGUAUGUUGUGGUAAAAAGCCUUUCGUAUGAAGUGAAUUAAUGUUCAGAGUUUCGUAUUAUGCACCUGUGCACAGCAGAGCUUGUGCGCAAGUGCUGUUCCGGAGUGUUGUUUUUAUGUAAGAAUGCAUUUUUGUCUCGUUUGUUUAAAUAAACGUUUGACGGUUUUAAUCGCCUUGUUUAUGAGGAAAAGUACUGGCAACACUCUUAUGUCACGCAUGGUGUGUGCUGUGUGUCUGCUUAGUACAAUUUUUGCCAACUUGGCAGAGACACAACUGCGACAUCCAUGAGCUGUGGGUUUUUUAGUGCCUCUUCUGUGCAUUUGUUCAUGUGAGAGAGCUGGCCGAGUGGAGGCCUCCCAUUCAUAAUGUGUGCACGUUUGUCGCAUCGGCAUCUCUCAUAUCCUAAUGUAGAAUGUUGCACCACGCAAGGCCAACCUCUCGGCUUUUAAACCAUAAUAAAUAUAUCUCUCUCUGCUCCACUCAA